UGGAAGGAGCUGUUGGCGACACUGCAGAUAAAAAAAAUUGUCAUAAUUGUCAUUAUUGUCAAUUGUAAUGUCAAUAAAAAAACUUUCUUUUUGACAUUUAAGGGUCUCCCUGUGGCAUCAAAUAUCGUAAUUCGUUACACAAAAAUUACGAAACAAUGUCGGGAGGUUUAGACGUUCUUAGUUUAAAAGAGGAGGAUGUUACCAAGAUGUUGUCAGCAAUGACCCAUUUAGGCAGUACAAAUGUAAACUUCCAAAUGGAACAAUACAUCUACAAACGAAGAGCAGAUAGUGUUCACAUCAUUAAUUUGAGAAAAACUUGGGAAAAAUUACUUUUAGCUGCCAGAGCUAUUGUGGCCAUUGAACACCCAGCAGAAGUAUUCGUAAUCUCUUCAAGACCUUAUGGCCAAAGAGCAGUUCUAAAAUUUGCAGCACAUACUGGAGCUACCCCAAUUGCUGGAAGAUUUACACCUGGUGCCUUUACUAAUCAGAUUCAAGCAGCUUUUCGCGAACCACGAUUGCUGAUAGUUACUGAUCCAGCACUUGAUCAUCAACCUAUAACUGAAGCGUCAUACGUCAAUAUUCCUGUAAUUGCGUUAACGAAUACGGAUUCUCCCCUUAGAUUUGUCGAUAUUGCUAUUCCUUGCAACAACAAAGCCCCACACAGUAUUGGAUUAAUUUGGUGGCUCUUGGCUAGAGAGGUACUUCGUCUCAGGGGUCUUAUUCCGAGGGAAACAAAAUGGGAUGUCGUAGUUGACCUGUUCUUCUAUAGAGAACCUGAAGAGGCAGAAAAGGAAGAACAAGCGGCUAAAGAACAAGUUGCUGCUAUUAAACCUGUAGAAGUUAGUGUACCACAUGAAGCUCCUGACCUAGAUUGGAACACCGGCGGUGACCAAGACUGGGCCGAACCUGCUCCAGUGGCUCCAAGCGCAGCUCCGGCAGCCACGCCAUUUGCUGCUCCAGCUCCUGCGGCCGAUGACUGGGCCUCUGAAGUGGCUAAAGAACAAUGGAGUGCUGCUCCACCGGCCCAACAGCCUAACUGGGGAGAUGCUGCCAAUUGGGUUUAAAAAUGUUUAUACAUUUUUUGUAUAAAAAUAAAGGUUUUAUGAAA